AUGGAAACCUCCGCCCCCAAGCGACGCAAAACUUCGAGUCUUCCACCAGGCGGGUCAGAUAGUCCUGCCGCUCCAUCAUCCGGCGCCCAAUCUGUGAGACGGUCGACGAGGAGACAGACCUCUUUAUCCAUCUCCCCGGACGGAGAGGGCCGGGCGCGUACUCUGCGCACUGGCCCAGCGCCUCGAGAAUCCCCAAGCGAUGGGAGCGAUGGUAGCGAUGGCGGAGACGACCAGGCCGUGACCGCCCAAUUGGAGGGCGCAUCAGAGAAUAGACCGGCAUCUGAUCCAGCUGGUUCCAACAUGGCACUUGGUCCGUCAGUCAGAGAGCCACAGAGCCCGAUCCGUCAAAGUCUCGGUGGAAUGCGAGGCAGACCGCGACGCUCGAUGCAUCGACCAUCACCGCGACCGCUCCCGCCGCCUUCAGUGCAAGAGGAGGAGUUACUAGACCCUUUCAAAGGGCGGGCCCUACGCAGAUCUCCACCGCGUGGUGUACUGCCUGUGCAAGAGCCCGAUGAGCCAGAGCUUCCGCCUACACCAACGGAGAAGGGCUUAUCGAAUCCGGAUGCAGUCAAUACGUCACCCAUGGGAAUCCAUAACACGCCGUCUAAGCGACCCAGGAGGAGUAGGGCUCUGGCUGACAAGCUUCGUAGUGGCAGUUCACCCUUGAAGCAACCGCCGGUGCGACCGACUGACUUCGAGUCUUUUGGAAAGGAGGCUCUGGCAAAAAACUCCGCCAAGGUACUUCGGCCGGCAUCAAAGAGCUUGGCACAGCAUGAAGCGGCAUUGUCGCAAGCGCUUCAACCAGCAGCACGUAUAGAAACAUCGGAUCAGGGCAAAGAAAGAAAUGCGCAAGAACAGUCACAAUCAACCCCAAGCAAGCCGCACACAGCUCGACGUAUCAAAGAUCCGGAUCCUUUGGCGGAGAAGACGGCGACUCGAGACUUGCUGCAAGCGGAAGUCAGUCAGCUGCUGGCUGACCUAGAGGUCGCACGCAGAGAAAACGAUAAUCUCAAUUCCCCACAACACCGUGGCUCUGCUGGGCGGACAUCAACAACAAUUCAAGAUCCGGAUGCUUUAUUCGACAUUCUUCUUCGGCAUGCUCCACCGCUCGAGCAAGAGCCCCAAGUGCAAGCAUCAGAGGCUUGGCUAAAGGCAGCGCUUGAUCCCAUGUCCUUCCUACCUUUUGGGAGCCAAUUGGCAGCUCUACCGAGUCCUUUUCAACCAUUAGAUCAAGUAGACCAACUGCCGCCCACGUCACAUGAACCACUGCAGAUGAGUCUAGCUGAGGAAAGACCCUACCUUGAACUGUUUACACCACUUAGCUUUGCGUCGGCGACUACAAUCAUCCCUCGCGAACCAAGUGACGAUGCUCCUGAUGUGAUACAACAGCAUCAUAUAUCUAUAACAUCCAUGCCAAAAGGACUCUUCUCAGCACAGAUAGAUAUGCUUGUUGACACAAAGACCCUGUCAAUAUUGGAGCUUGUUGUGCCCAAGCUGGAGCCUGCAGCUGUUGGCGAACUUGGCCCCUUUAUCGAGAGGGUUCUAGGCACUGAUACGAAUUCAUUGGGUUCUUCCAGGCGAAAUAUCGCUGUCAUGACAUGGGCAAUGGCCGAGUGGACGAGGUUAGCCAGUAAGCGGGCUAGAUUGUGGUCGUGUAUCGCAAAAGAGUUGGGUCAUACACAAGGUAUCCUGAAAUGUGCCCGUGAUCUACGGCGGGCGAAGCGGAGGAAGCGUCUCCACAAGACAGUAGUUGAUGUUACGCGAGCAAACUCUGACGAGGAAGUGGAAAUUGAUGGAAACAAGUUUGAGAUGACAAGAAAACAAUUGGUUUCUGAACUUGGACGGACUGGCCUCGAUUUGGUUCUUGGCUCGCAGGGAAAGGAUAAGGUGGAAUUGCGGAUUAACUGGCAGAUUACAUUUGACUGGACCGGAGAGGGACGAAAUACCAUCAAACUCCUGGUCCAUACACCGGGCAAAUGGCACAGCAAAGAUACUGCAGGGCGAUUGGCGAAAAUUCCGGUCAUAUUUGACAAGCUUGUCCAAGACGGUGAUGACCCGAUGGGAGCCCUGAAAACGGUCGUUGCACUGCUGGCUAGGGAUGAGAAGGAAUAA